CUCACACUGAGCUCUCAUUAGACAGCACUUAGAGGGCACUCUCUUCCAGCAUUGAGAAAUAGAUAUCAAUUGUAGUGCACUCUCCCUGCCCUGAGUUCUCAUUAGACAGCUCUUGUUGAGUUCGCCCUCCUCCCAUUCUGAGCUCUCAUUAGACAGCUCUUGGUGAGUUCUUCCUCCUCCCAUUCUGAGCUCUCAUUAGACAGCUCUUGGUGAGUUCUCCCUUCUCCCGUUCUAAACUCUCAUUAGACAGCUCUUGGUGCGUUCUCCCUUCUCCCAUUCUGAGCUCUCAUUAGACAGCUCUUGGUGAGUUCUCCCUCCUCCUAUUCUGAGCUCUCUUUAGACAGCUCUUGGUGAGUUCUCCCUUCUCCCAUUCUGAGCUCUCAUUAGACAGCUCUUGGUGAGUUCUCCCUCCUCCUAUUCUGAGCUCUCUUUAGACAGCUCUUGGUGAGUUCUCCCUCCUCCCAUUCUGAGCUCUCUUUAGACAGCUCUUGGUGAGUUCUCACUCCCCCCCAUCCUGAGCUCUCUUUAGACAGCUCUUGGUGAGUUCUCACUCCCUCCCAUUCUGAGCUCUCUUUAGACAGCUCUUGGUGAGUUCUCCCUCCUCCCAUUCUGAGCUCUCUUUAGACAGCUCUUGGUGAGUUCUCCCUCCUCCCAUUCUGAGCUCUCUUUAGACAGCUCUUGGUGAGUUCUCCCUCCUCCCUGCCCUGAGCUGUCAGACUAUACAGAGAGCCAGGCAGGGAGCAGUCUGAUUGACAGCUGCAGUUUCCUAAUAAGGGCUGUGGAUGAAUUGACUGUGCUCCCUCACUCACUCAGUGAGUGCCCCUUGCCAUGCACUGCCAGUCCGAGCUCAGGAUGCCCUCCCCCGGGCACAGCAUGGCAGCCAGGAGGCGCUACAAAUCCUUCAUGAUCGAUGAGAUUCUCUCCAAGGAAACAUGCGAUUACUUCGAGAAACUGUCUCUGUACUCAGUGUGUCCGGCCCUGCUGGUCAGACCCAAACCCCUGCACUCCUGCACCGGUACGUACCCACCACCUGGCACCCAGCUGGGCACCAACAGCUAUACUGUGUGUUAUUAUAUAGAGAGAGCCCCCUAUACUGUGUGUUAUUAUAUAGAGAGAGCCUCCUAUACUGUGUGUUAUUAUAUAGAGUGAGCCCUCUAUACUGUGUGUUAUUAUAUAGAGUGAGCCCUCUAUACUGUGUGUUAUUAUAGGGAGUGAGCCCCCUAUACUGUGUGUUAUUAUAUGGAGUGAGCCCCCUAUACUGUGUGUUAUUAUAGGGAGUGUAACCUCUAUACUGUGUGUUAUUAUAGGGAGUGAGCCCCCUAUACUGUGUCUUAUUAUAUGGAGUGAGCCCCCUAUACUGUGUGUUAUUAUAGGGAGUGUAACCUCUAUACUGUGUGUUAUUAUAGGGAGUGAGCCCCCUAUACUGUGUGUUAUUAUAGGGAGUGAGCCCCCUUAUACUGUGUGUUAUUAUAGGGAGUGUAACCUCUAAAUUGUGUGUUAUUAUAGGGAGUGAGCCCCCUAUACUGUGUCUUAUUAUAUGGAGUGAGCCCCCUAUACUGUGUGUUAUUAUAGGGAGUGUAACCUCUAUACUGUGUGUACCCUAUAAUGUGUUCUCCCCAUUCUGUGAGAGCUCCAGUGUGCGUUCUCUGACAGCAACAACUCUGUAUUGUGUGCCCCCCAUACUGUGUGUCCCCCAUACUGUCACUUAAUGUCCCUUUACCAUUGUAAAGAUAAAAAUAAAUAAAUAAAUAUUUACAAAAUAGAAACCUUGUUUGGGAUUCUAAUGCAGCCAAUUUAAAUGAUUUAUUACUGUGUGUACUCUGUUCGGUGUGCCCCCUUCCUCCCCAAUACUGUGUGCCCCCUGUGCUAUGUGUACUGUAUUCCGUAUGCCCCCAAUACUGUGUGCCCUAUAUACUGUGUGUACUCUCUUUGGUGUGCCCCCCCCCCAUACUGUGUGUCCCCCCUCCUAUGUGUACUGUAUUCCGUGUGCCCCCCAUAUUGUUUGCCCUAUAUACUGUGGGUACUCGGUGCUGUACUGUAUGGUGUUUACUUUGUGUUGUAUUCACCUUCACGGUAACUCUCCCCACUACACUCUAGGCUCAGUACUGUCAGUGCUCUCUGUAGUGUUUGCCUUGGUAUAGUGUGACUUGUCUCUCUUAACCCCAGUUCAAAUAGAGAAUUCUAAGAAAAUCUUACUGACACUGCCAACCUCACAGACAACUACACAGCAGGCUGUGUCACUUGGACAUUUGUGUGUCUCUCUGUGUGUGUGUCUGUGUAUAUAAUACACAUAUACACACAUAACAAACACACUCAUACACAUAAUACACAUAUAGAACACACUGAUACACAGACAGGCAGACAGACACAUAGAAAGACAGACACACACACGCACAGACAUACACAGCACCCCUCACAUGCCCUCAUUUUAGGACACUAACCCUCCUGGUUAAUGUAAUUGGCAGUUUGAUGCCUCAGGGAGAGUAACAGGAAAAACAGAUUGAUUACCAAAACCGAAACAGGCUGCCCCCCCAAAUAUUCACUGACCCCCGCCCCACCCCCAAAAAUAACUACCUGUCCUCUGGUUCACCUCACACAGACCUGACACUGUAAUCCUGAGGAUUCUCCUUCUUCUUGUUAAUAUUAUUAUUGUAAUUAUUAAUAUUUAAUUGUUAUUAAUAUUAUAAUAAUUAUUAUUAUUACCAUUGUUAUUACAUUCACUUGAUAAAACCCUCCUCCCUCACCUGCUGUUGGCUAUUUACCAAUAUUAUCGUGUCCCUAUACGCCGGGUGCAUUGAUAAUGAUCACUGACUUACUAUAAAUUACCCAAACAGCUUCACACACCGCCAAAUAUGACACAUAAACACAAAGUUUAACAAAAACGACACAAAGCAUUGCUGAGUUUAUAUUCACCGAUUGUUCGUCACAGUAAAAUAUACUGAGAUUCUGCCACAUCAUUGAGAUUUUAUUAAAAGCAAAUCUGUCUGAUUCUCUGGGUUAAUUUUAAUAUUAAUUAUUUCAUAUUACUCUCAAUAUAAAAUAAUAUACCAAGCCAUAAAACAAUUAAAUUAAUAAACUUCACCUAAAAAAAUAAAUAUAAAAAAUAAAUAAAAUAAACUCCUAAAUUAACUUCACUAAAUGAUAAACUAACCCUGAGAGGUUUAUAAAGCAAAUAAAAAAUACUAAAUGCUCAGUUUAUAGUAAAUAUGGAGUGGGGGCGGAGAAUUACGCUGGUCGAUGUUAAAUUAAAAUUCUGCAAUCGCAAUAAAAAAAAUAAACGAUUCAUUUAAUUUAGUAAAUGGAAUCAAAAUUAGAAUUCGAUCCACACACGAAAUAAUAUAUAUUUUUGAUUAUUGUUGCUAUCGAUAUUUUAAACUGAUGGAGAAUUAAACCGAAAAAAAAAAAUGCUAAAAAUGAUUUGUAUACAUUGUAUCGGUUUGGAGGUUCGGUCUCGGCACGUCAAGGGUUAAAUAGCUGCAUAUUAUUUAAAAAUACCCCUUAAUAAUAAUAAUAAUAAUGCUAUGACUACAAGAAUAUUUAUUAUAUUGUAAUGAGAAAUAGUGCAUGUUAUCGCCGGAGACUUGAUAACUCGCCACUCUUAUGUACUAAGAACUCUCUGGAAGUUAAAGAGGAUUUCGCUCAGUUUAAUGUAAAUUCUUUUAAUAAACUCGCCUUAUUUAUCCUGAAAUAUUUUCUGUUCCCACAAUCACUUUUUAUUAAAAUACACCCCUAAAUCUAUGUAAUCCCUCUGAGCUGGGACAGGGGGUACAUGACUUUAGUUAAAUUGGGGGUGCACGGUUUACUAAGUAAAACCAAGCAAAUUAAACACAGAUAUAAAUAUUUACAUCAAUAAUAAUAAUAUUUACAUAAAUCAGUAAAUGAAUAAGUACAUUAAUAUAUCCAUACACGGAUACAUUGUUCCAUUAAUACAUAUUUAUGUUUGCAGAGCUGAGAGGAAGUGUUUAUAAACAAAAAAUGAUAAAAUAGGAAUGUUUUCUAAACAUUGGCACACUGUUAAUAAACUUGUUUCAAUAAAUAAACAUAUUACAUCAUUUACAUUGGCUGUAUUAGAAUCCAAAACACGGUUUCUAUUUUGUAAAUAUUUAUGUAUUUAUUUAUUUAAUGUUUUUAUAUCUUUACAAUGGUAAAGGGACAUUGAGUGACAGCCAUAGCAGCUUGCUGGUCCCCUCCCCAGGACCUUGUGCUGUGAGAGACUUCUGCCAGUGUGUGUGGAGGCAAUAAGAGACUUCUAGCAAUGAGUGCUCUAUGUAAUAGAUGAGUGCUAUAUACUAUUAAAAAUAUUUUAUAAUUUAAUGUCUCCUUCAGGUAUUGGGGUGGUAGGGGAGCCCCCCCAAAAUUCACUGUGUCUCUGUCUUGUGACCCCUUCGAAUUUAAAUGGUCAGACUAUUGUGUUGAGUCACUGAUGUUGUUUGAGGUUUGUUGGACAGGGUUGGUGGUUUAGCAGUAUAUUUAUUUUUUGUAUUUACUUUUGGGUUAUUAUUUGAGGGAAACUUGCCAUCUCACCACUCAAAUCAUGUGGCACCAGAGGAGUGUGGGGUUGGGGGUGGGGGCACCCUGCUUAAUGCUUUAUAUAAAGAGUUAAUUGUAACCUUUAAAUAAACCCUAAUAUUGCCCCCAUCCAUGUAUAUGAGAUUAACCCCUUUUUUUUUUUCCAAGCAAGCCAGACAGUUAACUAAGUACAUAUCACCAUAUUAUCAAACCAACUGCUAUUAUAAUGCGAUUGGAGCCAGCAUGGGCGAUUAGGGACAGCUGGCGCUAGUUCUGGGCACAAUAUAGAUGAUGUCAUUUAUAUUCUAUAAGUGGAUAUAUUGGUCCCAAAUAAAUCCAGAAACACACAGAUUAUUUUGUAAAAAAAACAAACUACAAAAAAUAAAAUAACACAUUUCCCUAUAUAUAGAUUACUAAUGUAUUGCUAAUAUCUGGGAUGUAUUUAUACUCCAGGAUUGUAUUCAAUACGCUGCAUGCUUGGUUUGCAUGUUGUCUGAUGUUGAUGGAUGCUUUUGGAAGGCCUCUCACAUCCUUCUGUAUCCAUUUGUUUCUGGUCAAAAUAAAUCUUGUAAUUGGAGUUUUAAUUAAACACAUCAAUAUCUGCGGAAUUUCUGCUCGAUAAAUAAGUUCGACUAAUUGUAAUAUUGUCUUGGUGUAUGUGUUUAUUUGUAAAUAUUCUAGAUUAAACUCCCAGUGCAGAAACACUGCUUUCUGUAGAUAUUUCCAAACAUAAAUCAGAACUUCCAGUCCCCCAUAAUGCCUUGCUGCAGCUUUGGCUGGUGUAAUAUCGUAUUAAAGAUUCUUCUGUGUGGUCACACAUUUUAUUAAAUUGAGUAUAUCACAGAGCAAUGAUUUGUAACCUUUGAUCUGCAUGGUACAAGUUUCCAAAACAUUUCUUCAAUUCUAAAAUUAGAUUAAUUACCAUUGUUCCAUUGGAAUAGAAAAAUUAGCAAAAUCAUUUUUGCAAAACCCUUUCCAUGACUCUCCUCUGUGUCAGUGGAAUAAGGGGGUCCCCAUUUCUGAGGAUGUACAGGAUUUUUUGAGAGCAGCUGUCUUGGGCCUGGUCAAUAUAAAACGACUGGUCCAGCCACUAGGGUCACAGUAAAAUAUCUUGGGCUCCCAAAUUUGGGUUAUGACCCAGGGUUAAAUCCCCACUGUCAUUAAGGAUUAUUAUUGGGACACCUAGGCAAACUGUGUUCAGAAAGGAGCUAUAGAUUACAGUGGCAGUUCCAUUUUGAUUAUGAUAAUGGCAUUUUUAUGAUGUGCCCAUGAUAACUGUGUGGAUUAUAUAGCAUUACUUAAUCUCUCUGAAAGCUAAUAAGACAUGAGUUUACUGAUCAGAAUUUACUGGUAACUGUACUGAAUUAAAAUGAUAUUCCCACACUUCAGAAGUCCUUUUAUUAAACUAAUAUUUUGUAUGUUUUCCAUUUUACGUGUUAAGUACUGUGUGUACUCGAAUCUAAUGUGCACCCUUCAUUUUUUAAACCUGGAAGCUGAAAAAUGUUUUUCGCUGGCGAAUGUAAUGGGCAUUUGUACAAGAAAAUACUACUAUGCAACAUUUACAUAAUAUUUUAUUUAUUUCUUUAUAAUAUAAUUCCUGGCAAAUAUACUCAAAUCUAAUGCGCCAUCGAAUCUAAUGCGCAUUCAAAUUUAGGAAACUUUAUUUUGCCAAUAACAGUGUGCAUUAGAUUCGAGUAAAUGCGGUAUUUUUUAUGGUUUUAUUUUAUUUAACAAAGUCAUCUUAUACAGACAAUGCAUGAAAUGAUCGACUCAAUUGAGCCUCUUGAUCUAUGUCAAGCAAUGUCUGACGUGAUCACUUGUAUGUUUUGGUUACUCAUUGUACAGCACUGCAGAAUAUGUUGGUAAUGGACAAUAAAUGAAUUAGCCAUAAAACUUGCCAGGAAUGUAGGCAUUACAGAUAAUUCAACAAUACAUUCUAGUGAUUUGAAAACUGAAAUGAAAAUGUCUGGCUACAAUAGCCCAGCUGUGGCUGUACUGAAUUGGAUUUUCCCAGUUUCCCUCUUUUUUACGUGAAUUAUACAGAUCAGCUUAGAGUUGGCUAUGGCUUGCUGUGCAGUGUGUAAGCCCCAUUGAGUCAUGUUGCUAUAUGUGUGGUCUGUUACAUAAUAAUUGUUUACAAAACCUGUUGCAUGUGAGUUUGAGAUAUGGAACGCAGCUUCCGAACACGGAACUAAAUUGCAGAUAUUGCAGUAAACUCCAUGAUUAGAUCUCAGCAAUAUAACUGCUAGAGCAGACAUCAGCCUGCUCAGCACAAAUCGUAUUUAUAUUAUUAUUAAUAUUAUUAAUAAACGUUAUUUAUAAAGCGCCAACAAAUUCCACAGCGCUGUACACGAGUACAAUUUCUGCAAGUAAAAAGACAAAGGUAUAAAACAUCUGAGACAAUACAAAACCAAAACAAUAUAUAUAUAUUAUUUUUUUUAAGCAAGGAAAAUUCUUAUUUUACACAUUUUUGGAAAACAAUAUUUCGUUGAAUGAAGCAAAAGCUAGUGAUCCGUCAAACGGUCAACAUUAUGCAAUAAAGAGUGAAUUGUCAGGAAUUCAUAAUGAAUCAGAGGACAAACCAGACAAACUGAAACUUAGCUCGGAGAAUUGGAGAAUAUUUCUUGCUCCACUAUUUUGGAUUGCAAUUUGCAAUGAUUGCUAUAUUUAUUAUAGUGAGUAAUAUGAAACAUAGCGCACCAUGUGUAAUAAAGUAAAACGUGUUUUUGUUUUUUUUAAGGUAAAACAUUUGUGCAAUAAUAUUAAUAAACUAUUUAUUAUGAAUUAUUAUUUUACAUAGGGACAUUUCUGCAGCCCCUACAAUCUCUGCUUGGACCAGCAAUGCCGACUCUUGAUAUGAAGGCGUAAUACUGCCACUAUGUGUGCGAUCUUCUUUUAACUGUUUUAAUAUAUUUUAUAAAAAAAAAGUAUAGAAAGCAGGAGAAACUGGCUGGUAUUAAGAAGAGCACAAUAAGGGAAUAGGCAAGGUUUUCCAUAAAUAAAGCUUUGACACAGCUUAGCCUAUCAAUAUACCAGACGGUUACGAUUCUGACUAAUGUACAUGUUCAAACUUAGGGUUACAGGUGUGAUGCCCAGCGGGGUCAACUCAUUAUUUUAUACUUCCUAUAAAAAGAGUACAAAUAAGUUAAUAGUAAUACGUAUUACUCAGCUGCUGAUCUGAUAAAAUAUGAGAAUCUGCAUCGAAGCUCUUGACUGCCAUUAGGAGAGAGCCGUAAGAAAAGGUUGCUCCCACAUGUAUAAAAUGAUUACUGCCAGGACGGAGUACCAGGGUGACAGCUGCAGUCAAAUAAAAAGACAUCUAAUUAUAGAUUAAGAAUUCUGUUGCAGAUAGUUUCUAAAAAUAGUUGCAGAAGUUCACAUUUUAUAUCACUUUAUUGCACUUUAAUUUGCACUAUUCUAUGUUUCGCGGUUUCUGAACUGAACGAAACGUUGCAAUUACAGAAUGAAACGUCGUAGUACGAAGCCGUGAUCGAGAUCAAGGGUAGGUAACCUUCGGCAAUCAAGAUGUUGUGGUCUACAUCUCCCAUAAUGCUGUUAAAGCCGUAAUGCUGGCAAAGCGUCCCGGGAGAUGUAGGUAAUCAUUCUACAUCCAAAUUAUGUUCAUGGUAUUAGUCUGGCGAUACAUUCUUCAAUUGAAAAUGAACUCCGUGAUCCAUUCUUCAAGUAGAAUAAAUCUGGUUUCUGACAUCUUACAUAAUAUUUAUUUUUAGAUUAUAUACAUAUAUAUUUUUCAGUACACUGAUUGGCCCAUUUUUGUGCCCUAAUGGUUUGUCCGAAUCAUCUUCCUCAAUUGUUUGCAUGGACGAAAUGCAUCAGAGCUGAAACGACCUAUGAACGAGUUGUGGACUGCCCGAUAAAACACAUUUUGGACACUUUUUAUGUUUGUUUUCAUACAAAUAAUUUUUUGUGGUGUACAAAUCUAAUGAAAAUAAUCUGCGUGAGCCCACCAGUGGGUAACCCAAAAAAUGACAGAGGGAUCCAGUUUGUAGUUAAAAACCAAUAAUAAUGAUCCGUUUUCAUGAGCUUUUCUUCUUUAUUUACUUUAUUUAAAUUUUUUUCCUGGUUCCAAAGUAUCCAUCUCUGUUCCUCAGGGUUUGACUCGGUAUCCACAUAAACGCCCCUGGGAUGUUUUACAUCUGAUAUGGGAACUUUCAGACGGUCAUUUUUCGUCUAGUUUUGUCCCUCUACCAUUUGUGUUUUCUCCACUUUUUCGAACACUCCUAAGAAUGCAUUUACUGUAUUUUGUAUUGUGAAUUAAAAAAGCAUCUGUCAUUGAUUAAAUUACUAUGUGAUGAUUUUAUACCAAGUAUAUGUUUUGAUUGUCUAAUAAAAUAUAGAUUUAAAAACAAAAAUCUAAGAAAGUAUUUUUAAGAACUAAAAACAUAAAAAUUGUUCUCCUACCUGUUCUCACAUAGAAAAUCUAUUCAUGCAUCUUUAAAAAAUUCACUGUUAAGAUGAAACAAAAAAAAAUCUGAAUAUUACAAAAAGAACCAGUUUAAUAUAUGAAUAUUAUAGAUUUAUAGGUAUAAUAUAGAUAAGACAUUUUAUUAUAGGAUUAGUAAAAUUUAAGAUAUUUAAUCAAAUUAAUUUUCCAUAAAUAUUUCUCCAAAGAAGAAUCAAGGUAAUGGGACAUCUGUCUGUCUGUCUAUCUCUCCAUCUGUGUCUGUCUCUUCCUCUCUCUAUCUAUUUAUUAUUUUAUAUAGCGCCAGCAAAAUUCCAUAGCGCUGUACAAUGGGUGGACUAACAGACACGUAAUUGUAACCAGACAAAUGGACGCACAGGAACAGAGGGGCUGAGGGCCCUGCUCAAUGAGCUUACAUGAUAGAGGGACUUGCAUCUGUCUGUCUGUCUGUCUGUCCAUCUGCCGGUCUGUCCAUCUGUCCGUCCGUCAUCUUUCUUUCUCUCAUACUGGAAACAUUUUUACAAUAAUAUUAAUAAACUAUUUAGGAACAAAAAACUUGAAAUAAUUUUCCAAAUAAGCAAAAUAUAAAUCAAGGAGUAAAAGGACAAAGAGGAUUUUUUAAAAUUACCUGUCUUCCUGCAGCGAGGGUCGGUGCAAGGAUUUUUAGCUACACAGGCGAAGACGCAUUUCAACGCCCCCCCACCCCCUUAAAAAAAAAAGCGUCUUUGGAAGCAGCACAAAGGCUCACUGAACCAAUCACUCCAGAAGAAAUUGCCUCUGUCUUGAAAACACUGAAACCGAACAAAAGACAGCUUUACGGGUUUGUAUUACAAAUCAUUUGCCCCAACCCUAAUCCCACACCUUUGCAACCUCUUCAACGCCAUUCUCAUGGGCGAGGCCCUACCCCGGGACAUGCUCCAAGCUAACAUUUGCCUCAUUCCCAAACCCAACAAGACAUAUCUAGACACAGGCCACUUCAGACUGAUUUCACUACUGAAUAUGGAUACCAAAUUAUUUAGUAAAUUUCUCGCAGAAUAACUGGGCCCAUUCCUUCCAAAACGGAUCCACCCGGACCAAGUAGGAUUUAUCCCCAACAGACAAGCUAGUGACAAUACCAGGCGGACAUUCGAUCUUAUUUGGACAGCCCAAACUAGACAGAUCCCAACCCUAAUGCUCUCCUUGGAUGCUGAAAAAGCAUUUGACAGACUACUAUGGCCCUUCCUAUUUGCAACCCUGCACAAAUUUGGAAUACCGACGUCUGAUAGACGUCUUGAAAAUACUAUACGACACCCCGACUGUUAACCUCCAUCCGCUGGGGAGUCUGGGAGAAGAGCAGAGGAAGUCACACCCUCUCCUCUUGACAUCAUCAGGAGAGGCCGGCCGACUUCCCAGGCUGCUGUGUGAUGACUGCAGGCUCCAGCUCCCUCUCACCCUUCCCUGGCCCAAGGUAAGCCUCAGGGAAGGGGGAUACUUUUUAUUUUUUUAAAUACAAUUUUUUUUUGGCAGCCCCUGUUCCCAUCCUAUAGCCCCUCCGUGUGCCCCCUAAAGCCACAGCUCCUAUCACCCUCUAGAGCUCAUGUGCCCCCACUUUCCAGCUCCUGCCCCCCCCCCCACUCCAGCUCCUGCCACCCCUUUUCAGCUCCUGUCCACCCCCUUCUUUAGCUAUUGUCUCUCCCCCUCUCCAGCUUCUGUCCGCAGCUCCAGCCCCCCCUCUACUACAGCUCCUGUGUCCCCCAUCUACAGCUCCUGUAUCCCCCUCUCAGGACCUGAGCCCCUCACCACAGCCCAUGUGCCCCCACAACAGCCCCUGUGCCCCCCUCUAGAGCUCUGUCCAUUUCACCACAGGCCCUGUGCGCCUGUCACCCCUCCACAGCUUCUGUCAACCCUCUCUCUUGAGCCCCUGUGUCCCCUCUCUCAAGCCCCUGUGUCUUCCCCUCUCCAGCCCCUGUCCCCCCACUCUCUCCAGCUCUUGCCCCCCACCCUCUACAGCCUCUGUGUUUCCCUGUCCCCCCAUCAGCUCCUGUCCCCCCUCUCAGGUCUUGGGCCCCUCACCACAACCCCUGCCUCACCUACCAGACAUCUCCCCAACUACAGCCUCUAUCCCCCAUGUGCAGCCCUAACCUACUUUUACACCCCGUACUCCCACUAUUCCAUAAUUAAAGUCCCAUAUCAACCCCUCUCCCCCAGUUACAAUCCAUAUCACCCACACCACAGCCCCUUUCCCAAAUUCUAGCCAUCAACCAACUUAAUUCCUUAUCCCUGCCACUACAUUUCUCCGCAAUUACAGCCCAUACCCUCCACUACAGCCUCUAAUCCUCAACUACAGCCCCUAGACCCCUACUACAAGCCCUGUGUCCCCCCCUAGAGCCCCUGUGACUCCCACUACAGCCCCCUGUGCCCCUGAGAGCCCCCUACUCCUCCACAGCUUCUGUCCCCCUCUCAGCCCUUGUGCCCCCCUACACCAGAGCUCCUGCCCACCCUCCUCUCCAGCUCCUGCCCCCCUCUCCAGCUCCUGUUUCCCCCCCUCAAGCUCCUGCCCCCCCUCCUUCAGCCUCUGUAUCACCCCUUCUCAGGGCCUGCACCCCUCACCACAGCCCCAGCCCCCCCUUAUUCCAUUACAGUAUAAAGAGGGGUGGAUUAAAUUUUAUUUUCCACACCUCACAAUUACAUAUUUGUUCAAUACAGAGAUAGGUAAACAUAAUAUAAACAAGGCAGUGAAAGAUAUCCUACAGUUUGAUAAAUUAUUUUGUGAAGUCUGCAUUCUCUCUAAAUGAAUGCGGAAUUUUAAUAAACUAUUUACAAACAAAAAAACUUGGAAUAAUUUUAUGACUUGUGUGACUUGUGUGAUAAAAAUGAUUUGGUCUAUCAUAAAAAAAUAAACAAAAUCUGAUUAAAUGAAUUUCCAAAUAAGCAAAAUAUAAAUAUUUGCCUAUAAAACUGCACAUGUUCUAUGCUUUACAUACACUCAGAUACCAAGUAAAGUAUUAGAAACAUAAUUGUGUCCCUGAACAUUUGAUUAGAUUAUAAUCCAGUGCAUCUAAUAUUUAGACACGUACGAAUCUUUGCUCUGAAAGAUUACAGUAAAUGUACACUACAAUAUAUCGCCAGCACUCGAGGUGUUAACACAGAACAGCAGUCUUUCAAGAUAUAUCCAUUUAUCAAAGCGUGACCGUAAUGACUGUGUGGAGAGAGAACUGUGAAAAUAUAUUUGUAUGGUCUGUAGUUUUUAAGGGAUGUUGAAUGAAGGGAGACUUUUGGAAGCAUUAAAAACAGCACUGCACAAUCAUGCUUUUAUCUUAAAAACCAUUUGUGUAUUUUCACUUUCCCCCUGUUGAGAACAAUAGAUCUUGUCACUGCGAUGGACGUCUGUGCAAAUAAUGAAUUUUUGGCGUUUAGUAUAGAAAGUGAUUGUAUCCACAUUAGAAAAGAAGGCCUGGCUAAUGACAAGUCUUUUAGGUCCUGCAGUAGAAGCUUUUGAAAUAUAUCAUCAAUAUAUCGUUUGCAUCAGCUCCGCGCUUUCUUCAAUGUGUGUAGUAGAAAACUACAUCCAAAGCUUAUUUUAAUUUUACAGAAUGACUGUAUAAUAUUUGGAAUCUAAUUUAGAACCUUUGUGACCUUAGAUGAUAGUUUUGAUUGUGCCGGGAGAUAAGAGCCAGCUGGGAAAUCAAGUUUACCCAUUGUGCCAUAGAUAUGCGCUCACCAAAUAUCUCUGGUAUUUUUCUAUUCAGAGUUACAUAGUACUAGCUACAUAGUAGCAUAGGUUGAAAAGUUCAAAUUCUGUCUCUCAAACAUAUUUACUGCUGUGGAUUCAAAAGAAGGCCAAACAUAAUUUUUUAGUUAUAUGUAGAACCAGAAAUUGAAAAACAUCUUGUUCUAGAUUCCAAAUUGGCCAUUAGAUUUCUUUUUGGAUCAACAAGCUGUUAAUAAUUAGAAUAUUACCUAUAAUAGUCUAGAAUUUGUUAAAACUUACUACUGACCAACACUUAUUUUUUUGUUAUUUGAUAAUUUUUAUGUGCCAUAAAAAUUUUUGUAACAUCGUCUGUGUAUUACCAAAUCUGAUGUAUCUUAUAAUUAUAUGUAUUAUAUAAUCUAUAAGAUAAUGUUUGUUUAUGUUAUAAAUCAAUACAAAAAGAUAUUUCUGUAAACAAGAGGAACCAUUUAAUUAUGUUUAUCUAGUGACUGUCACAGAUAAAACAUGUUGUUGAGUAUCAGUCAUGUACCUGCUAGUUUUGUUUAAUGGUUGUUUACUUGGUGUCAUAUGAAUAUGUAUUUAAUAAAUGUAUGGUAGCAUGCAAUUUCUUUAUAGGGAAUUGUGUAUAAAUAUAUGAAGGUUCUGAAAUUUUACCCCAUGAAUUAACUAUUUAAUUUAAGAUUUUUGAAAUUAUUAAUUAUGAAAAUUAUAUAUAUUUUUUUUUAUAUAUUAGUAUCCAGAAAAGUACAGAAUUCAAAAAUGAACCUACAUCAAACAAUGUGUCUCAUGGGCUUGUUGCUUUGUGUCAUCUGAUUAGUAAUAUUUAUAUAACGCCAACAUAUUCCCUACCACUGCACAAUAAGAAUGCACUAUCGCAUCCAUUUAUUAUAUUAACUCAUUAAUUAAUUGAAUUUACUAAUUUGUUUUGCAGUCUAGAGUCUCCCAUAAAUUGGAACGAGACAUUUAAUUGCAUUAAGGGUAUAUGUUUGGUAAGACGUUUAUGUAUGUUGCUGCAGGGUUUGAUAUAAUUGCCGAGAGAUUUUUUUUUUUUUUUACAUUUAAGUAAAUAGUUACACUAAAGUCAAUAAUCCGUUCCCCCCUCCAGUUUCUGUUUGUUCUCACUGCAAUCGAUUUAGGGAAAGUGAGGGCAUUUGAUAUGAGUUUUGAAUCUUAAUAUCGUCUAAGCAGUUUGAGAUGAUAUUUUCUCCAUUUAAUAUGCUCUAAUGGUGCUUGCUACUAUUUCUUUUGGCAAAAUAGCCAGACUUUGAAUUCAUUAAAAUGAUAUUAUUUAUAUAUUCUGGGUGAGAUAAUAUAUCUGAUGAUUUCAUUUUGCUAAGCUUCCUUUCCUCCUGCUUAAUAUACUUUUCCCUUGUCUAUACCUUCUUCCGAAAUUCCUUUGUAAAUAUAUGUUUAGUUUGACGAGUAACAAAGCUUAAUAUUUCCUGUGAGAGGCUGCUUUACACCCCAGGUCAAUGUGUCUGGAUAAGACGGCUUCAUGAGUCGAAAAAAAUCGAUCUCAAGUUAAACGCUCCGUUCUUAUUGUUUGUCAAAAUACACUGAUGAGUUUAUAAUAGAAUAGACUCGUAAAAGAGAAUAGUGUAAAACAUAAUAAAUUAAAUAGACAAAAUACAGAUGGCAUGAUGGAAACACUCAAUAUCUCCCAGAACGUAACAAAUUACAGAGAGGGAUGAUUUCUGUAAUAGCGGAGCCAUAGUGUGGGUGCUGUAAUGUGAAGUUGGAAGGGGGAUUUGAAAGUAACUUGGGGAAUACAGGCCGAGCUGGUGAUUAUUUGAAGAGCGCCCUAUGCAUCUCUUUUAUCUUUAAUUUGAUUGUAUAUACUUGUUAUUAUAUUGUCCCUUAUUGCAUGGUAAAUAACUAAGUAAUAUGUCAGUGAUAUAUAAAUGAUAAUGAAAAUAGUAAUAAUAGAAAUACUAUGAAGAAAAAAAUGCACGUGUGUCAAUAUAAUAGUUUAAAAAUCAUUGUAAUGUGGGGAAAGGGUUUAUUGACUAAAUUGUGAAUUGUGUUGGAUUUAUACAGGAAUUAGACAUUUUCAUCGACAAUAGCAGACCUGAUAAGUGAUCCAACUCUGCUGGUUUUCCAGUGUUUAGAAUUCCCAAUGAAUACACCCCAAUAUAGUAAGUGGUUUGAUUCAAGCUAGGCUAAUUCAUGAUGGAGUAAACCCACUGCGCAGCAAGCUGCGGUGGGGUGAGGUCAGAGCUGUACAUUUUAAGCUACAAUAGAUCAUUUGGAUAAUAUUAAUUCUUAACUUUCCAGAUUUAUUGUCUAAUCAUCUCAACUGAUCGUUUAUUGAAUAAACCACAAUUUAAAAAUAAUUAACUGUCAUUUUAAUCUCAUUGGCCGCACUUGCCAAGAGUUCAAACUUCAUUGUCAUUGUAAACUUGUUUGAGCAGCGCCUUCGCACCUCUUGACUAUAUUAAUAUUGUGGUUACAUGCAAGCUCCCUGUUGGUUAUCCCCGUUCUGUGAUUGUACAACGCUGCAGAACUUGUUGGUUCUUCAUAAAUAAUCAUAAUAAGAAAAGACACAGAUGUAGAUCCAUAAAAAAAAAUAUCUAUGCAUUUCAUGUCUUUUUACAUCUUAACAUUCACCUUGUGACAAUGUCUGCAUGACAGAAGGACCUUAAACAUAUUUUCUAAUAAACGCAAGCUCCGGUAUUGGAUUUAUAAGACUGACAAUGACUGCGCAGACUGGUAUAUGUUAAGAUAUCUACUGUGUACAUCAGAAUUGAAGAGAUAUUACAGAUCGUGUACAGAUUUAUAAUUGUUUUUUGUUUUCAUUUUUUUUUUGUAAAAUCCAACUUUUUCAAAAGGUUUAAUUUGUUUUUUUUUUAGUGAUAGUUUUAAGCUAAUUUUAUUUGAUGUUCCACAUUUUUACUCGAGUCGUAACCCCUUAUUGUUUUUGAAUAUGCACUGAUCAGCCACGACUCCCCGUGUCAAAAACCUCAGGGUCUUCUAUUAUGUACAAUGUAAGAGACAUCUGUUUAGCAAUGUCUCUUUUCUCACCACAAGUCUGUCUGUCUGCCUGCAUCAGACGUAUAUAGGUUAUACAGGAACAACACAAAUCACCCUUAUUUACACAGUGCCAUCUUAACAACAUUAUAGACCCCCUGGCAAAGAAGUGCACUGGGGCCCUGCCUACACACAACUCACAGGAAUAAAAAUUAAAAUUAUAGAUAAAAUUAAGUUUAUAUUUAUUAGUAUCGCGAACAAAUGCAAUACAUACAUACAAUACAUACACACAGACUGCUGAAUACAGUCACAGACAGACUGCUGAAUACACACACAGACAGACUGCUGCAUACAUGCACACAGUCCGCUGAAUACACACACAUACAUACAGACUGCUGAAUACACAUACAGACAGACUGCUGAAUACACCCACACACACAGAAUAAUGAGUAUACACAGACAGACUGCUAAGUACAUACACACAGACUGCUGAAUACAUACACACAGUCCACUGAAAACACACACACACACAGGCUGCUGAAUACAUAAAGACUUCUGAAUACACACACAUACUGCAUUAAGGGGAGCAGUGUAUGUGUUUGUGUGAGGAGUGCUGUGUGUGUGGGGGGGUAGGGGUGCUGUCUGUGUGUGUUGGUGUACUGUGUGUGAGGAGUGCUUUGUGUGGGGGGUGGGUGCUGUGUGUGUGUGUGUGAAGAGUGCUGUGUGUGGGGGGCGGAGGGGUGCUGUGUGUGUAUGUUGCAGAGUUUGAAGGGUGCAGGUAUAAAAUGGUUUUUUUUUAAAUACAGGUGGUCCUCGUUUUGCGACCUACCUUUUUUACGACAGCUCACACUUGCGACCAGCUCUCUCGCAGGGUGGUAAGUGCAAGCCGUCGUGGGAAUUAGAGGGAUUCCCUGCUCUGCCGCGUUCUUCUGUGUUCGGGGAUAUUUCCUCAAACAUAGAAGAACCCAGCAGAGCAGGGAAACCCUUAACUCCUCACUUGCCGACCAAUUCUUUUUACGACCAAGUCAUAGGAACGGAACCCGGUCGCUAAGUGAGGAGUGUCUGUAAUCCUAUACAUUAAUAAAGUCUUCAUAACCCCCUCCCUUCUUCUUACCUUUGUUGAAGGAGGGGGGGAUACAGCUAGCCCUGGUGGUCCAGUGGUGGUAAGUUCUAUGUAGCCUGCAGCUCAUUUGGAGCACGGCCAUGGUAACGCGUGGCAAAGCUCCACACAGCCUGCUCAUGGGAGAAGCGAUCUGCUUCCCAGAUUCCUCCCACUGCUUCUGUGUCCUCCCGCCCCCUCUGCCCAAUCAAAGGGUAGAUUGCCUGUGGGGCCUCGGGGCAACUGUCCAGCGUGCCCGUGGGGAAAGACGGCCCUGUAUUUACACAUCAAGUGUAUAAAAGUGUAUAAAAUAUUAAGCUUGUAACAAACAGCUUCCCCUGGUAACUUCCCCAGCUGGUUACCACAAAAUAUAUGUAUAAAAAGAAUAGGGAUACAGCUAUAUGAUUUGAAAGGAAUACAUCAACAAAAACAAAGAGUGAUAUUGUUGUACAAAGUGUAGUGAAUCACUUGUUAUAAGUUGCACUCACAAGAUAAAAACGUUAAGUUCGCCUUAAAGGUGCCUCCCCUGAUGGUGAUAGGGGGCUAUGUCGACCUCCUCGCUGUCACUGAUGUUCUCAAUUCAGGAGCCGAGAAAGAUCAGUAAAAAAUCUUUUUAUUGUACCAAAGAACAGAACGGUUUUCAAUUAUUAUAAAUUAAAAUUUUUUAGCCCAGGUCCUACGCAUUUUGUUCAUACAUGAACUUCCUCAGGGACCUCAAAUUAUAUUAAAAAAAUAUAAUGCAGUAAAAUUCCAGAAUACAAUUCUACUCUAUGUAUGUUUUUAUUUUUAUUUAAUUUUUUCCAUGUUUAUGGUCCCUCCAUACCAUAUUGAAGGGUAAGUGACUAUUUACUAUAUUAUUAUUAUUUUAUUAUUUAUAUAGCGCCAUCACAUUCCUUAGCGCUGUACAUUGGGUGGACUAACAGACAUGUAAUUUUAACCAGACAAUUUGACGUACAGGAACAGAGGGGUGGAGUGCCCUGCUCAAUGAGCUUACAUUCUAGAGGGAGUGGAGUAUAGUGACACAAAGGGUAAAAGUAGGGGUAUGAAGUAGGUUGUUAGAAAAGUAUUCAUUGAGGGCUUCGUAAGUAAUUUUUGACAGUUGCAGGAGUGGAGUCAUGGGGGUGGGGGAUAAAAACCUGCUUACAGUUUAAUUGAUAUGCUUUCUUGAAGAAGUGAGUUUUCAAAGAUUUUUUGAAUGAGUGGAGACUGGGUGAAAGUCUUACGGAGAAGGGAAGGGAGUUCCACAGAAGAGGUGCAGCCCUGGAGAAAUCUUGGAGGCGAGCAUCAGAGGUGGGAGUACGGGCAGAGGAUAGACGUUGGUCUUUGGCAGAGCGUAGGUGCCUCGGCGGGACAUACUUGUGUAUUAGGGAGGAUAGGUAGGUUGGAGCAGCAUUAUGUAGGGACUUGUAAGCAAGCACUAGAAUUUUAAAUUGAGCCCUAUAUUUAACUGGAAGCCAGUGCAGGGACUGACAGAGGGGGAGGCGUGGGAGGUGUGAGUGGACAGGAAAAUGAGCCUCGACGCCGCAUUCAUUAUAGAUUGCAACGGUGCAAUCUGGGAACAUGUAAGACCACUGAGAAGGGUAUUGCAGAAGUCAAGGCGAGAGAGAACAAGAGCAUGGACCAGCACCUUAGCUGUAUCUGGGGUUAAAUAGGUGCGAAUGCGCACUAUGUUUUUGAGAUGGAAGCGACAGGAUUUGGUGAUUGAUUGGAUAUGAGGGGUGAAGGAGAGGUUGGAGUCAAAAAGAACACCCAGGCAGCGAGCCUGCGAGGUAGAGGUGAUGGUAGCACUGUUGACUUGGAGGGAGACAGACACAGGAGUAGCAACACUUGAGGGAGGAAAGACCAGAAGUUCUGUUUUGGACAGGUUGAGUUUAAGGAAGUGGGCAGCCAUCCAGUUGGAGAUCGAAGAGAGGCAGUCAGAGACACGAGUCAAGAUGGGUGGAGAGAGAUAAGGAGAGGACAGGUAGAUUUGUGUGUCAUCCGCAUAGAAAUGAUAACGGAAGCCAAAGGAGCUGAUGAGUUUCCCAAGGGAGACAGUAUAGAUGGAGAACAGUAGGGGACCAAGGACAGAACCUUGGGGGACGCCGACACAGAGUGGUUGGGGGGAAGAGACAGAGUCAGAGAAAGAAACACUGAAAGAGCGCUGGGAGAGGUAGGAGGAGCACCAGGAGAGAGCAGUAUCCCGUAGACCAAAAUUAUGGAGAAUGUAAAGAAGCUGUUGAUGAUCAACAGUGUCAAAGGCAGCAGACAUAUCAAGGAGAAUUAGGAUAGAGUAUAUAACGCUGCACUCUUACUUGGGAGUUUAGGUGGAGGGUCACAUCACCUAAACAAUGAGUUUUGUUUGUUUGUUGAAUAUAUUAUUUGUAAGAGUGCCCUUUAGAGUGUUUUACAGCAGCUAAAUAUUUAUAUAUUUUUUUAGCACCUGAAUAUCACACUUUAAUUUUGCUAUAUACAAUAAAAACCGCCUGGAUUCCUCCCCCGAGUCCCGUUCUAAAGGAAUUGUCCUUCUUGUUCAUUGGUGGUUGGGUGGAGAGGUUAUAAUCAGGUCACUAUCCUGGAUAGAUAAAUAAAUGGCAUUAACAGUAGGUUAAUCACAGGUCUAGUUGCUGCACGGAUCUCACGGACCUAGCUUUGUCAAUCUUCCUGAUGGUCAGAUAGAAUUAUCCGUUGGUUUCAAUGUUGUGAGUAAGUGGAUCUCUGCUCGGAAGCUAAUUGAGGAUGUCUUGAUUGAUGCCAGAGGUCGCUGGCUCUGAUGGGAUAUCAGAGAAAGUGUGGAUGUCAUCAGAUCUGUAAUAAAAGAUAAUGAUUUGAGUUUCAGUUCCUCCGUUACCCAGGAUUCCACCACUCUUACCAUAAAUACACUCGGUCAGUGCUAUCUGAUCUGUGUUUCUGAACCAAGUUCUCUGAUUCUCAGGAAGCCACGAUCGGCCAUAGAUCCUGUAUAUUAAAUUCUGGCACAGUGUAUUACCCUGAGGAGUGCACACUUAUUGAUUUAAUUAUUAUUACAUUCUGUUUAUCCAGCAGCCUUCGCUCCUGGCUAGCUCCUGGUAUCUGUGCCAUUGCAUACAGCGUUGUGGCAUGGUUUUAUGCUUUAUAAACAAGGAUUGAAGCAGGUAAAAUGAAGAUCUCAUAAUACUGGUAUUACCGUAGGAGAACAGGGAUUUAGAUUUGUAUUAAAAGUUUUAGAGGAAUUGUUGCCUUUACCGGCUGAUCUGAAGCCUGGGAAAUUAAAUAUUCUUAAUUUCGCCACCCCCCAUAGAGAAGAUUUAUAACAAAAUACUAUAUGUUCUUAAUGUGACUUACAGUGCAGGAAUCAGUGACAUCUGUAGGAUUUGGGGGGUUCUUGGUAACAAUUAUCUGAGACCCCCCCCCAUAUCAUAAUGUCCUCCAUUUUCUCAAUCUUGGCCUCAGAAGAGGUGCCUGGAGGUCCAUUGACUGCAGUGGAAGGUCUGGGCAUUUUCUGGUGCACCCCGCCCCAUUACAGCUCUGUUGCUCACAGUAAAUGAUUCAGGAUGCAAAUUCUCAGGAUUAUUACACAAAGCCCUAAAUCUCAACCCUAUAUAAUUUGGAUUCACUUCAAGCAGCAACAGAGCAGUUUGAGACAUGCGCAUUCCUCCCCCACUAGUGAGGUUUCACAUAUAUGAUCAUGACGUUGCAGUGCUGCCUGAUAACGCCACCUUCUACAUUCAAACUUGUCUUGUUGCAAUUACUUGUUAGUUUGUCCAUCUGUCGUACAGCGCUCCAGAAUAUGUUGGUGCUUUACAAAUAACAAGUAAUAAUAAAUUAUUUAUAGCAAGAACAAUCAAAAAGCUGAGACUGGCCAGGGACCCAAGUGUGGGGCUGGUUAGAAUUGAUAUUUUAAAUUAUUUUUUAUUUUAUACAAUUUCAUGGUACACAGCAGGGACAUUACAGGAGCCGUAAAACAUAGUUCAUGACUGAAUGAAUGAAGCGAAGCGGAUAGGCAGGGAGCGUCAAAAUGCCAAGUGGCUAAUAAAUGUAUGGAAUUGUAAAUGAUAUAAAAUGUGUUUAUUUGCUCCCAAUCAAAAGGGAAAGAUAUUCACCUAUGUCUCAUCCAGAACCCUCUAAUUCCUCCAAAAGUAGAGAUGGUUUUCUAUACAAUUAGCAUAAGGUGUUUGUUCUUUAGAAACAUUACGCUCUAAUUAUCAAACAUUGAUAUAAUUUAGCAACAGCAAUAAUAUAGAACAAACAUUGCAACCAGACACAGAAAUGGACAGAGAUUAUAAAACCCAACAGAUUUAAAAACUCUGGAUAUAAAGUUCAGGACUGUGUUCCCUGCAGAGAGUGUAGAUACAAAGUUCAACCUUUAAAAAUAGAAAAUGUUUUACUUAAAGCUCGGCACUCAAAUAGUUAAACGGAAUCACUUGGAGUCUUGCGAUCUUUCGAUAAGGUCAAACUUUUGCCCCAUUCUGGAAGCAGUGAUUCAUAAUUUGAUCCAAAUAUAAAGCGAGAACAUAGUACAAGUAUCUAAACUGGACAAUUACUGAUUAGCAAUAAUGUGAGCUAAAUAACGAGAUCCAUAAUUUACAUAUGUUAUCAAACCCUGCCAAAAAGAACAGUAAACAAUAUUUAUUACUGAAAACACUAUGAUCACAAGGGGUUAAAUGACGGCUCCUUGUUUUAAUCAUUGAUAUUUCAUAAUGUACAAUAUAUGUUUUUAUCAAACUAUUAAUGCAAUGUAUGUGUGACAUUGUCUUUCCGCCAGAUUACGAGAUAACAAACAUUUAUUAUAGAGGAAAUGUAUCAUUUGGAAAUAAGGCAUGGAUUUUAAAAUAAUUAGUUUUUAAUUAUAAAUGGUUUUUAAAUAUUAUUUAUAUACUUUGAGAAAUGUGAUAAAAAUAUAUCUGCAAAAAAAAACCAAACAAACAAAAAAUAUAUUUUUCCUCGUUGUACUUUAAAUUUAAUAUCUAUAAAAAGAUCUGGAAAAGUGAUGGUUAAAUUGAAUCAUUAGUUUGAUUGUAUUUAUUAUAGUUAUCAAAAUAAUAUAAACAUUUCUUCAUAGCAAACUCCAACAGUUUUGGCAGAACUUUCCAUUUCAGACAAAUUUGCCAAAUUCAGAUUAGUGAGAAAAAGGGAAGUGAAAGUGGAUACUUUUCUGUAGGAGAAAGUGGUAGAAAGAUUGGUAAAUACGUUGUGCUACCCAAAAAAACAUCAUAUAUUCAAAAAUGGUAAUAAGAACAGAAAACAAGCAACAGAUAAAAAUAUAUCUGUCAGAUGAAAUCAAUUGCAUCUACAAUUAACCUGAAAUUAGAUAUAAAAGUCUUGUCACUUCUGUAAAUUGCUCCCAUAUUAUCGGAGGUAUUUCGAAAAACAUCUAGGAGCUAAUAAUUAAAUGCUGGACGUUGGAAAAAACAUAAUUUAUCAAAAAACUGUUGAAUAUUAUAUUAUUUUUCUAAUUGUAGCAAUAUACUGUGUGAUUUCUGCAAUGUGUAUCUCAAUUUGAACUGAAACAUGAACUCAUAACCCAAUUAAUCUUCAAGGGAGAUUAGCACUAAUUUGGGUAAAGAAAUUCUAACGAAGAAUAACUGGAAUGUAACUUCAGUUUGAACUUUUUGUAUUUUUAAAGUCUGCUACAACACGAAUCAAUACACAUAGAACAAUAUACAAUUAUUGUUAUAUCAUUCACCAAUAUUUGGGCAUCAAUCUUUAAAAUAAUAAUUAUCCCGCCAAAAAAUAAAUAAGAAAUUCAAUUUUAAAAACGCAGUAAGGGUUAAUUAUUGUGUAUUAUAGAUAAUUGUCAUUUUUACGGCAAAACUCCACCUGGUUCAAUAGAGGUGAAUUUGAUCUAUCGUUUCCUAAAAUGCUUCAUUCACUGUCAAUUCCCCACGAUUCUUCUUGAGAUUACUGUCACUCGGGGUAGUCAAUGUCCCCUGAGACUCUUCUCACGGCUGGAGAAAGGAUUUUUGUCCCCAACCCUGAUUAAUAUAACCUUAUACCGUCUUCUCCUCCUGGUAAAUAGAAGUCUGUUGCAAUGUCCAUAAGCCUGUUUUUUUUUUUCGACGUUAAUGUUAUUUAAUUUGGUUUUCUUUUACGUAUGAACGGUAUGUGUGUUUCCUUUGUGUCUGCAUUUGUUCUUAGCUGAAGCUUUGAAAGGCUUAAAAGAGGAUGGAAGCAGCGAAAGGGUUAAGAAAGCGUUAUUUUGUGAUGUUUAGUCUGGACAGUAAAGACUUUGAGCUAAGAUAGCUGAUGUCCGAGUCUAAUCAGUUUUUAGAAUUUUUUCUAACAAAGGUUUUAGCGAGCUGUGUUUACAACCAUCGUCAACAGAAAACGCACAAUAAUUUCUGCCACUCAUUCUGACCCCACCACCCAAUAAGCUCUUCAUUAAUACAGGAGUUAAAUGCCAAAAAUAGCAGUUAUAAACAAAACAAAAUGGUUGUAUAUUAUUAAACCGCCCCCACCCCUUUAAUACCUCAUAUUUGUAUUCAGCAGCAAAAUUGGAUGCUUGACCCUUUUUUUUUUCUGAAAUGUGGAACAAUUAAAAAAUGUGGAAAACAUGUAUUUAUUGAGUAUUGAAAUUUUAAUUUAAUGAAAAAUAUCAAGAAAGAAAGUAAAUGAACAGAGACUCAUGGGAUUAUUUAAAGAUGCCAAUGGUAAAAAUUUAUAUUUUGUAAAAGAAUGUUGUCGCGCAGUAAGUUAAGAAUUACAAAUGCUGCUAAUUGGGGACUAGCACUGUAUCAGGACUUUGUUGGUACAGAAUAAAUAGUGAAGCCAAGUCAUGCUAACAGUUUUUAAAAAACAAAAAACUAGUUAUGAAACCUCAUCAACAAGUUUAUCAUAUUUAAUUAGAAAAGUCUAAUUAUAUGUUUGUAAUUUAAUUAUGUCAAUCUGAUAACAUGUUUAUUAUAAUUCCUUAAUGACAACUUGUUGCAGUACAAUGAUUUGCAUAAACACAAUGUUUUCAACCCGUGGAGGUUUGUCCUGAUUUGGCAUAUAACGUGGAGUGAAAGGGGAUCUGUAACAUCUCCAGAAUUUACAUCUGAUCUUGUGUUGAUCUUUUUCAUGAGAUAUUCAGUUUUCCUUUAACCCCUUAAGGACUGAGCCAAAUGUACACGUUGUGAUCAAAACGUAAACAAAACCUGGAAUUUAAGCUAUAUAUGUCUGUUCAGGCGUAAUUCACCUCUUUCAUAUUAUGUGCACCCACACUUAUUAUACAUCAUUUUAUUCAAUGGAAACAGGGCUUUCAUUUAACAUCAAAUAUUUAGGUAUGAAACAUAAUUUAAUAUGAAUAGAAUAUAAUAAAAUGGGGAAAAAUAAGAAUUUUAAAAAAAUGUUUAGUUCUACGUGACAUUCUAACAGUGAAUGUCUUAAUACUGUUUGCUUUUACUGCAAUAAAAUACACAUAUUUGUAUUCAGCCACGUCUCACGUGUAAAACAGUACCCCCUAUGUACAGGUUUUAUGGUGUUUUGGGAAGUUACAGGGUCAAAUAUAGCGUGUUACAUUUUUCAGUUUUUUCAUAUUGAAAUUCGCCAGAUUGGUUAAUUGCCUUUGAGACCGUAUGGUAGCCCAUGAAUAAGAAUUACCCCCAUGAUGGCAUACCAUUUGCAAUAGUAGACAACCCAAGGUAUUACUAAUGGGGUAUGUCCAGUCUUUUUUAGUAGCCACUUGGUCACAAACACUGGCCAAAUUUAGUGUUAAUAUUUGAAAAUGCAAAAAACUAAUUUGAACGCUAAUUUGAACCAAUCUGGUGAAUUUCAAUGUGAAAAAACUGAAACGGAAGCCUUAUAUUUGACUCUGUAACUUUUGAAAACACCACAAAACCUGUAUAUGAGGGGUACUGUUAUACUCAGGAGAAUUCACUAAACACAAACAUUAGUAUUUCAAAACAGUAAAACGUAUCACAACAAUUAUAUCAUCAGUGUAAGGGCCAUUUGUGUGUGAAAAAUGCAAAAAAUUUCACUUUCACUGACGAUAUCAUCGUUGUAAUACAUUUUACUGUUUUGAAACACUAAUAUUUGUGUUCAGCAAAGUCUUCCGAGUAAAACAGUACCCCCCAUGUACAGGUUUUAUGGUGCCUUGGAAAGUUACAGGGUUAAAUAUAGUGCUAGCAAAUUAAAUUCCCUGAACUUUUGGCCUGGGUUGUCAGGCAGGUCCUGCAAAUUGUAAUUAAUAAAAUGACCUAAUUAUGUAAUAUUAUUACAUAAAUAUAUAUGUAGAAUUAUAUAUAUAUAUAUAUACACAUGUAUGUGUGUGUAUAUAUAUAUAUAUGUAAAUAAUUUUUUUAAAAUUAUUUUUAUUUCUAUAUAGGUAUAUAUAUAGUGAUAUAUACGUAUAUACUUAUGUAUAUAAAUAUAUAUAUUAUUUCGUUCUACGUGUAUUUUUAUAUCAAUAUAUAUUAAUUUUAAAAUACAGUUAGAACGAAAUUACACAUGUAUAUAUAUUUUUUAUUUAUUUAUUUUUUAUUAUUUUUUAACAUAUUUACAUAUAUAUUUAUUUUAUAUUAAACAAGGGGGGUUGGCUGCACUCACCUGAACAUGCAUAAAUGGGGGUGCUGCUGGGGGCCAAAUAAUACAAAACACAAGAUCCAGCGCACUCACCUAUCCACUAAACAGCAACUUCAAAGUUGAAAGAUUUUAUUAGUUUUUUUUUAAAACACCUAAUCUAGGCAAAAAUAAUGGGGGUUUAGUUACAUUAUAUGAUCAUACAUUGCAUAAGCCUGCCACAACGUCAAUGUACCCCAUCUUUGGCAGGUCCUACACUAACAGCCUAAUGUCUGCUCUUAUUAUAUAUAAACAUAUAUAUAUAUAUAUAUAUAUAUAUUUAUAUAUAUACUGAUAAUUAUAUAUAUAUAUAUUUAGUCAAUUUAGGGCCGGGUCCCCAAGGACGGCAUAGCACGCCCGCCGUCCUUGGGGAUUAACUUCAUAUUAAAAUGUAGCAAAUAAUAUUGUAAUCCAGUUUAGACAAGGCACAGGCAGGGCACAUAUUGCAAAUGAAGAGGAGAAAUAGUAACAUUGUUUCAUUUCUCCUCCUCUCUGUCUGCUUGUAACAAUGAUUGAAAGGGAACUAAGAUGGAGACGCCCAGUUGCAGCUCAGAGAGGUGUGGGUUUUUACAUUUGAUUUGAUUUUUCACACCUCACAAAUAUAUGUUUAUUAAAUAAACAAGUAAUCAUAAUAUUAACUUGUUAGAUUUUGCGACAAAUCUCUGAUAACUGAAAUUCAAUGGUAAAAACUGAUGGCGACCAUAAUAAUUACUGAUGGCUAAAUAGAUAACCUAUUUAGCCUGUUUUAUUCUAAGGGUUUCGGUAGUAAACACAGAAUUGCUCCAAACUGAAAACUGAACUUCAAAAUCUAGCCGAGAAUAUUUCUCAAACCAGUUAUUUUUGUCAAAAUUUUGCAAUUCUCUUUUCAAUUCACUGCAGUUUAUUAUGUCGUAAAUGAAGCCCUAUAUUUUGGUUUUUAAAUCACCAGAACCGUGUGUUUUAUGUAUAUUUCUCAAAAGAAGUGACUGGCAGUAUUUCAAAUGACUAGUUAUAGGGACACUCCAGACCUCUGAACCAGUUUAUCUUCCUGAAAUGCUUUGUGUGAAGAGUGUGUCCUCUUUUUUCCAUUUGAUUAAAAGUGCAGAUUUCACUAGAAAUUAACACUUUUAUAAAUUAAGCUUGUUACACCCUCCUGGCUGUCAAUCAGACAGCCAGUCCUGUUACUUCCUGGUUCUGUUAGCUCAGUGGAGCUAAACUCAAGAGGCAGCAAUUGCCCAGAGCAUCUGCCUUGCAAAGACUUCUCAGUGAGCUGCAUUGGGAAGUCUGUGAUUGGACAGUAUUGGCGGGAUUAGAAGGUGAAGGCUUGUAAAGGCUGCAGACAAGAUAUGUGUAAAUUUACUAAGCACUGAAAAAAAAUACAUAAUUAAAUGCCUGCAGGUUUUUAUUGGCGGGAUAUAUCUAUUAAGCAGUGAUUUAUAUAUAUCUUUGUAUUUGGCCAUUGCAGUGCACCUUUAAUAAAACACAUCCCACUGAUAAAAUGUUAAGCCUCUUAAUGUUAAUGUUAAAAUCUGAUUGAGACUGACUCAUUUUGCAAUCUGUGAAUAUUAUCUUUCAAUAAGGGCUUAUCUGUGAUUGUUAUCUAUCUAUCUAUAUAUAAAUAAAUCAGCACACCCAAAAACAGACCUUAAGAUGCUAAUUGACUUGGUAAUUGAUCAAGAGUAAAGCGGUAGAUGGUGUUCAGCUAAAUCCCAAAUCAACAUAAAAGGAUAAUUAUAGAGAAAAGAUUAUCAUUGACUAAUCACCUAAACAUUUUUUUUAUUUUUUAUUGAAUCUUCCAGGUUAUCUCACGUGUUAAUGAUAUUAUCUGUAGUUCCUUUGCCAUGUGUUCUGAAAGAAAUAAAGACAAAAAUAAAACACGGUGCACUAUGAAACAUUCGUAAUGCUACGUAAACAUUUCUUUAAAAUAAAUUCACAGAUAUUUAUAACAAUAGUGAUCGAUCUACAAAGGCCAGCCAGGAAAUACAUUCCGUGAAAAAUAAUCUAUCAUUAAUAUUCUUCACAAACUGUAAAACAUGUCAAAACAAAAUAACAAUGUGUGAAAAGCAAACAGUAAAGAGUGAUCAGAAACAUAAUGAGAAAUUCUCCCCUAUAAACAUGAGAUGAGAUAUACAUGUAAAAAAAGUGUUAAAAUCACUGUUUACUAGAUGUAUCCCAUAUGAAAACAUACUUGCAUUUAAUUAUGCAUUUUUUUCAUUUGGAGGUGUGUCUAAAACAGCUUGCAAUAGCUGAAGAUUCCUUGUCUGCAGCGUUUGCAAGCCCUCCCAUUCUAACCCCGCCCAGACUUUCUGUGGCUGUCCAAUCACAGAUUUCCCAAUGCGGCUCAAUGAGAAGUUUUUGCAAGGCAGGUGCUCUGGGCAAUUGCUGCCUCCUGAGUUUAUCUCCACUGAGCUAACUGAACCAGGAAGUAACAGGACCAGUUGUCUGAUUGACAGGCAGGGGGUGUAACAAGGUUCAUUUUAAAUGUGCCAAUUUCUGUCGAAAUCUACACUUUUUGUAAAAUAAAAAAUUAGGACAAACACUUCACACAGCAAGUUAAACUGCUUUAGGGGUCUGUAGUGCCCCUUGAAGAAUUCAGUGUAAAAAUGACUUAAGUGAAUUAAGGCAGCAUUUUCCUUGGUUUUUAUAAAAUAUUCUAUAUUCUUUCUGAGUAGACAAAUGAACUUAAAAAAAGAUGGGAAUUCAUCUCUAUACAUAAAUACUUUCAAAGUGAAGCAAAUUCAAUUAUAAAUUGCAAAAUAUAUGCAAAAAACUUGAUUCAGAAUAAUCCUACAUCCCAACUUUGGUCAUAACUUGACUAUUUUUUUCUUAAAUUCUAGAAUUGAGCACAGUGAAAAAAAUCUGCAGAAAUUAUUUUUCAAAAGAUAGAAAUUUUUCGCGACAUCUGAAAUCCAUCUGGAUGUCUGUGCCACUCUGUCGAAUUUCGAUUCAGAAACUGAAUCAGGAGAACAAACUAAAAAGGUGUGAAAACGGGCCAAUCACUGUGCUUGAUAAUAUAUACAUUACACGGAUUCACGGAUCAAGUGAGAAGAAAAAUAAUCAAUAGGUGGAAAAAAAUGGAGCAAAUCUAUCUUAUUAAAAAUAUAAAGACAGAUUUAUUGAUUUUUGCUGCUCCCCUUUUUUUUUCUCUAUUGGUUACUUUUCACUUGGAAUAAAAUAAACAUUUACUGACUGUCCAGUAUCAAUCAAUCAUUUUUUUUUUUUAACCAUAAUUUAUCUCUUAUUUUGGCCACGAACACAGAAUUUAAAUAUUGACACCCCCCAAUUUGUUUGACAUUGUGCACUUCAGUUAGUCCAGAAAUUGGGUAUAUUUUGGCUCGUAAUUUUGCCAGAUACCGAUUGGCCCAAAUCAAAUUGCAGUAUGGUCCGUAACUUAUCUCCAAGUCUACUAAAUUUUGCCUUUCAGUUUUUAUCUUGCUACAGUUCACAAUUUAGUAAAUUACCCCAGGAAAAAGUUGAAAUAAAAUCUGUUUGGAUCCUCUCCUUCAGCGAGCGGUGCAGUUCUGAAACUCAAUCUUCGAUCAUUAUAGAACUUGCCGUUGUCAGACUAGCAAUGUAGAGCAAUUACAAUUUACUGCAAGUAAAAUACACUUAUAUAUAACUGCACACGUACUCCGACCUAAAAUAGACUGGCCAAAUGUUGGAAAGGCACUUCAAAGUAUUUUGUUAUGGAGAUACCAGCAGUCUCGGUAACACAAUAUUUAUCAAAUCAUUUUAAAAUAAUCGAUACAGUUUAUUCAUCUCAAAUUGAGCAUGCAGUAAGGAUACAGUGACAGUUUCAUAAUUUGAAGUAGAUUUUAAAGCUGUAAGCCUACAUUCAUAUUUUGAUAUGACAGAGUAUCUAUUUUAGCUAAACAUGGAGGGCGGCUAGACCCUGAAAACAGGACUGUCCCACCAAACGCUGGGCAGUUGGGAGCCUUGCAGAGAUUUUUCCAAAUUGUUAUAUGCGGUAGUUAUACAUUGCAACUGUAAAGUUUUUCACAAAAUGUUGCACAGCGGCGCAAAGUUGUAAACAUGGGGCAGUCACCAUGGAAACAAAUGAAAUCAACCGAAAUAUUCCAUUGAUAAUUGCAAUAAUUUUACGAUUUUCCACCCCUUUCAGAUCCUGAUACUGUGAUACAUCGUCCCCUAAAUAAAGAAAGACAGGAAUGGUAAAUAGGAACUCAUUAUUACAUCAUUUGCAAAGCCAAGAAAACACAUUUGCUAGGUACAUAGAGACUGGGCUUGUAACACUGAAUGCACUAGGAAUACAUUCAAUACAUGGGCAAAUUUAACAACAAGGCACAUAAAGCUAUUCUAAAAUAGAAUUACAGGGAGUAAAGCAGGCGGCUCUGAGAGUUCAAAAAGAAAAUAGUAAAAUUCUAUCCAACAAAAAAUUGUAAAAGAUUUCUAGAUAUAUACGCACAUGAAACGUUAAAUUACUGUCUGUUUAUACUUUACUCACGGCCCUGCGUGGCACAAAAGCUGGUUUGCAUUAGACACCUGCCAGUCCUACUGUGUUUAAUAUGAUUGCUAUGCAAUAAAAUUUAAUAAAAAAAUAAAAAAGAAUCUAACAGAUUGUUAGACUCAGACUCUUCACACAGAACUAUGGCAAAAUCUCACAGAUAAAUCUAUAGCUCUUAAUCAUAUAACAGCUUAUAUAAUUAAUGGGAAAUGAUUAAUACAAUUCAAACAUACAGUUAUGUCCGGUUAAAUGCACAAAUUAAUUUAAAUGUAAAUUAGACGUAUAAAUUGAAGGAUUAAGAAUAUUUAGUAUGUAAAUUAAUUAAAAUGUGACAUGAUUAAGCGGUUCUAUGUUGAAACUCACAGGUUUUAGAAGUCAGUCAUAUUAUGUGAAUGAUAAUAAUCAAAUGGGAUAACUUGCAAUCUAUCUAUUAUCCUUAUAAAACCCAAUAAUUAAUUUGUUUAAUGUGAGGUUUUUUUAUCACUGUGUUCCUACAUAUCUUAAUGCAUAAUUAAACUAGAUUUCAGAUAACUUAAUUAUAAUUUGGGGUAUUUGUUUUAUUAUAUUCUAAAUAUUGAAGUGUACCCCUCUUAAAUCUCGCCCAUUUUGGGGUUUUUUUGCUACUAUUUUUUUUCGGCAAAUAAAUCAAGCUGUGUUAUUUGUUACAGCUGAUUCGAUAAAAUCACCUGUUUAUUUGGCAUGUAAACUUGUUUAUAUUGUUUGUUUAUAAUGUCUUAACUAUCUUAGUACAGAAUGGACAUUUUAUGCAAAUUAAACUACUUUCCCAUAAUCCUCUGAUGCAAGAAAAAAUGAUCACAGUCUCAUAGUUUUGAGAACUGAGAGGGGACUAACUGAAGGGCAAGCUACUGAAUUUAUAAAAGCUUUUUUUUUUUUGCCAGAUUUCAGAACUUUUAUAUGCUCUGUUUUUUUGUUGUUGCAACAAUUCCUGUUUGUUGUUACAUGGGAAAUCAACUGGAGAGCUCAGUUUUGAAAAUUCAUAGCAUUUGGGCACUGUUAACUUAUACUGACACACUUUCAUUGUACCAGAGGAUUUCGAGAAAAAACAGCUAAUUUGCAUGACAUGCCCUGUCCAUGCCAUGUGUUUAGAAGGCCUUUAAAUGUACAUAUAACUUGACUCCUUUGCAAUCCUUUCCGGAAUACUUUGUAUUUGGCUAGCUGAAAGCAUACAUUAAAUAUCUGAACAAUUAACAUGGGACUUGCUGGUAUUAUGAAUGACAGAAUUCCUUUAACAUAGGGGAAGACUUCUCCAGACUUCAUAAUCUGGAAAGAUUACAGAGACAGACUGAAUAUUAAAAAAAGAGCAUGUGGACACUUUGUUAUGAUGAAAAUCUAAAGCCCUUUACUUUCUAGUGAAACUAAAAAUAACUAGACAAAAUAUAAAUUAAAAAAAAAAUUAUAUACAGAACCAACUUAAACCUCUCCAGGACAUAUUCAGUAACCGGACAGUACAAGGGCACAAUCAUAUCUUCUUCAAAUGUCACUGUGGAUUGAGGGGUCUUUUGAGGGCAAGGUCCAUCCAGUUCUGGAUCCUGGUUUCAAUGUUCCAGUUACACUUUCUGAAGUUCCAUCUCUAGGAACACUCAUAAAAGCCCCCCAAAUGGGCAGUUUGUUGAAAAUCUUUGCUGGGCUUUUCUGACCAAACAUGAAUUCUGCUGUAGGUUGCUUUUCAUGGAGGACCUUGGUUGGCUGGUUUGAAGCAGGUCUUGUAUCUGAUAAGACAGACUGUCCCUCGCUCUGAGCAUGGCUUUGAUUGGUAUUACUGACAUGCCAACUCUACAGUCACGCGGCAGGCCCCUGCCUAUGGAUAGGUAUGACCAGCAGUGAAUUUCUAUCUGAGCCAGAAGCGUCUAUAAGAUAAACUAAAAAGGGAACAAUAACGCACAUUUUUCCACACUAUAAAAAAAAAACUGUUACAAGUUCAGAUGUAUCACAGACUGUCAAAAGUUGUCAGUUCAAAGCAAUGGACAUCCGCAGGAAAAAGCAUCAGCUGAUAUUAUCUGCAGAAUUAUUGUAGAUGGUGCAGAUAAGAAGACUCUGAACUCAUUUUAACAUUGCAUUGAGGGAACAGAGACAGCUUCUUAAUCUCCCCCUAAAGCAGUUUUCUGCAUAUCUUGAAUCAUGACGUCAUAUAGCGAGGACAUAUUAUCAUUAGCUAUUUAUAUAGUGACAGCUACAACAAAUCUUAAUUCUACAGAAACACCUGCACAAUCAUUCACAAUAGUGUGAAUUGAUGGGAAUACAGAAUGAAUGUAAAAUGUUAGCUCAAAAUAUCCCAAUAGAAAAAAUUCAGCUUUCAUUCCAUUGAGCUGUAUUGACCUAAAAUUAAAGUUCACUUUUCCGACAAUUCACACUAUUAGUGAAUACAGUUCCUGAAGCUCCUUUGGGUCUUUAUUCUCCAAUGAGCAAACUGAUGACUUGACAAUCAAAUAACAAACUCUGUUAUUUGGGAAGAUAUUCUAAUGUGGAUUCCCUGCAAUUUGUGUCUUUAAUAUUUUGUAGAAAUGUUACUGUAAUGAAGCCGAUUGCAGCAUAAACACGAGGAUGUAUAUUCCCCACGUAGGAAAAAGGUUUACGCCACGUUCUGGGCUUUUCAGAUGUGUUCCAGUUAUCCUUAAUGACCAACUUGGAACAUGUGGCCCGUACUGGCAUAUGCACCCUCACCUAGCUGAAUUUCGCACAUAGUUUAAUACGAUCUAUUAGGCAUGUUGUAUUGUAUAAAUUACAUGUUUAAACGCGGCAUCGACAUACCUGGAUGGUUAUAUAAGGAGGGAGUCAUUUCGUUGAAGUUUUAGAAAAUAAAACAUAAUAUCUAGAAGUCUACAAAUUGCGUUACCCUAUUUUUAUUUUAACGUUUCAUGUGUCGUACAAUGCGUUACUGUAAGGGGAUCACUUUAAUGAUACGGAGUGUCAACAAUGUGUUACUCUAAGGGGAUUAUUUUAAUGAUACGGAGUGUCAACAAUGCGUUACUGUAAGGAGAUCAUUUUAAUGAUAUGGAGAGGAAGGACACUGGGUCACCUAUAGCCAGAUACUUUACACAAUGUAAUAAUGGUGUUGUGUGUAAAGUUAAGGUUGAGUGGUAGCAAGAGUCUCCAAACCUGUUAAGACAGAGACUGGAGGGCAGACUUAGACCAUGGUCAGGUUAAAUUAAUGUUAUGUUUCACACUAGAAAACUAUCGGUUUGAAUCCAGAGUUGGAUGCCCCAACUGCAUGUUUUGAACAUUCCUUUCUCAUUUUAUGAUAUUUCAAAAUAUCAUCGGUAAGCGUGUAUAAUAUUCUAAAUAAAUAUGUAAGGAUAAACCUCUAGAGUUGAGCUAAAGUAAUAUUUUAGACACGAAGUUCAUUUUGUGAUACUUUUUUAAGCUGAGAUAAUGUCUGUGUUUUAUCAUUUGAGCUUUUGUUGGUGUAAAUGUUUUUUAAAUUGCCACUUUUAUUUAAUCAUCCAGCUGAAUCUGUCACAGAUUUUGGGUAAAUACCUCUCUGUUCCGAUUUUCCAUUUCUGCUUUGAAUAUUCUAAUGCAUUGAUUUAAUUUUUCUGUUCUUUGUAAACCGGGAAGAUGGAGUUUUGUCUGUGAUCAAGUGCUGAGUGUGAAUGAUAUAUGUAAUGUCAGUAUAACUCAAAAUUAAAUUUAAGUUACCGAGGGCUCAAUAACGUUUGUAUUUUUUACCAUAUUUUGAGGAUUCCUUUCCAAUAUUGCAUUAGCCAACUAUCAGGUGAUUAACUUAAUCUGGCAAGAUAACAUUUUAAACUACGGAAUAGAGUUGCUAGUUUGACAGUUAUUUCCAUAAGAAUUCUUCAAUCCAUGGGGGCACGGUUUGAAUGUUCUGCCCUGCAGUGUGUGUCAUUGAUCAGAAUAUCAAUAAUAUCACAUUGAAUGCACAUGAUAUUCGCAUACUGUCGUGACGCACUUACAAACCCUUCUCAACAGGUUGAAGAAUUCAUAAGGGUGUAUUAGAUAGUCCUGCUCCAGUUUAUGCAUGGAAUUUGGAGCUGUUUUGACACUAUACAAGUUGUGUAUGUAGUGAGCCCUGUAUUAUAUCCGGAAUGACAUUCUAACCCUGUGUACCGAGUUCUGCCUGCUAGUUAAAGUCAUUUGCCAAGAGAUGCCAUCCAUUAAUCUGUUAAGUGCCUUCAACCUUAGCCCACCAAAACAGAACAUGUUGUGAUUGCCCUGGAGGGGAACUCAGUGUUUUUACAUCCUGGUGUCUUAGUGAGGGAGUUGCACCAAUUCACGAGAGGGAUGUCACGCCUCGCACUGCAAUGAUCAGGGAGCUGUGCUUCCACCUAAUACCACCCAGUCCCUCUCCGAUGGAGCCUGGGGGGAAGCGCUGAACACUCUGAGCCAAAUCCUGGUUCAAGCCCUUGAUUAAUUAAUGCAUCUGUUAAUUAAUCAAAGCAGUAAGGCUGACUCUAUUAUUUGUGGCUUUUUAAUUAUAUGUAUAUGUGUGGAAGUCAUCUGCAGCUCAAAACAGGCUUUUAUGCCUUGCAAAAAAAUGUUUUUACAAAUUUAACCCUUCUGCUGCCAUGAACUUGUCACUUUCUAAAAGUAUUGAGGUUAAAAUACUUGCAUUUUGUUUUUAAAUAUGUGUUUCGUUGAAUUUGUAGACUUUUAACCAGCUGUAAUGACUGUGCAGAAAGCCAUCUUUCAAUCCCUGGUUGCCCAUUUUAUCCAGCCAGCGCUGUGUCUGUGCAUUUAAUAUAUUUUUAAUGAUUACUGACAUUUUCUGAAUUUAAUGUGUUAUUAAUAAACCUGUAAACUAGUCAAUGAAUGCAAGGUUCAGUCAGGUCUUUAUGUUCAUUCACGUCACAGCCUUGAGGGAUAUUCGUAAAGUGGGGAUCCCACACAAACCUACCCAGAUUAUUUCUACACUAAAAAGACCUUUCAAAGUGAAUUAAAAUUCAAGGUAAAACUUACCAAGCUGGAAGUAUUCAAUGCUUCUAACUGGGCUAAUCUGGCCUUAAAUUGAAAUUCACUUAGAAUUCACCUUCUGUGAAUAUCCCUGAAAGUGAACUGGCCUUUAAUGUCUAUUUUAUUUAUCACCUAAUUUGUUUUAAUCAAUAUAAAUAAAAUAUUUUAUUAAACAAAGCUUUAAUAGAACCAAUGCAGUAAUACCGACACCGGAUCUCAAUAUUUAUGGUGUGUCUAACUUUCUAAUAUUUUUUUAUGGUUUGCAAUAUUGUUACAGUGAUUCAAUUUCGUUUAAAAUUAUUUUUAUUCUAUGGAUUAAUGUAUUUGGUGCUCUGCAACUUUUCUUUUCUGACUUGAGUUUUUGGUAAGAAUGAAUCAGAAGCCCAAAACAUCAUCUUUCAAUAAACCUUCUUUACUUCCAUUUUUAUUACAUUAUUAGGAUAGAUCCGUAAUCUGUGAAUCGCCAGGAAUCUUUCAAUGAUUUGUACAAUUCAGGCCAAACUAGUCGAGCUGUAAGUAAAGUUUUGCAUGGAGAGCUUUUGCAAUUUUUCUAGUCUGGCUUACAAUUUGCAAUUUCCUGGAAAAUUCGAAGCCAUUUGCAGUUUAGUGAAUAAUUCCGUGAGAAAUUCCUGGUUUUGGAGAAAGGCCAGUCUACAUGUGUUUUAGGGCGGUGGCGAGGGAAUGAUUUUUGCAAUCGUUUUUUUCAAACUUCUUUAUUUGGAGUGUUAGAUAACUUUGGCACUGCAGAUGUUUAUAGACUACAUUUCCCAUGAUGCUUUGCACAUCUCAUGAUUUGUAAACAUCUGCAGCCUGUAAUCCGCCAUGAAUUUUGACUGAAGAUAAAUAGUUACAUUAUUUUCAUAAAGUUUCUAACCUUGCCCUCCCUAUUGCAGGAUCAUUGCCACACAGAACCUAUCCUCUUCUCUCCGUCAUCACUCGGCAGCCCAACGUCGUCACUCACCUGGUCCCCCAGGCCUCGUCCCCGCUCGUCCAGGUGCUGUCCCAGACACACCUUUCCUCGGGAGGUGUGCGCUCUGAGACCCCGGCCAGCGAAGCCCACCCCAGCAGUGAGUCAGAACUUGAGCAAACAGCCCCUCGAGUGAAAAAGCCGCGUCGCAGUCGAACCAUCUUCACCGAAGUUCAGCUGAUGGGCCUAGAAAAGAAAUUUCAGAAGCAGAAAUAUUUGUCAACCCCAGACCGGUCAGUGGUCUUACACUUCGUAUGUCUAUCACCAUUCUAUAUUGCAUCUGCACCCCUCAUUUUAUAGACAUCAUUGCUAAAAUCUGUACUUGUGUAUAUCUAAUAAAUAUAUAUUGUUAUGUAGUAUAAAAUAAUGUAAUGCAAUAUGAAAUAUAAUGCAAUAUAUGGUGUAAUAUAAAAUAAUGUAAUGAAAUAUACUGUUAUACAAUAUAUAGUGUAAUAUAGAAUAAUGUAAUAUAUAGUGUAAUACAAUACAUAGUGUAAUAUAAAGUAAUAUACAGUGUAAUACAAUACAUUAGCAUAAAAUAAUAUAACGUAAUAUAUAGUGUAAUACAAUACAUAGUGUAAUAUAAUAUAAUGUAAUAUAUAGUGUAAUACAAUACAUAGUAUAAUAUAAAAUAAUUUAAUGUAAUAGAUAGUAUAAUGUAAUAUGUCCUACGUUAUAAUGAAGCAUUGUGUAUGAGCAGAUUAUUGAUACGUGCAUUGUCUGUCUAUGGAUUUAUAUAGAAUAAAGACAGACAGACAAAUAAAUAAAUACAAAACAUUUACAGAUAUACAUGGUAUAAAAUCAUUCGAUUUAUAAACAUUUCCAUACAAAUGAAGAAUUUGCAAAUAAAUGUUUUUUGUUUUUUUUUAAAGUGUGAAAAUUAAAAUAUAAUCACGAAUUUAGCAAAAUAUCCAAAAAUGUACAUUUUAAGGAUGGUCUAUUUUGCGUUGUUCCCUGAGUGUUAUUCGGUAUUAUGUCGGCCACGGCCAGCUGUGUUUGGCCUCGGAUUCCUGCACAGCUGCACGGUGAUGUCACCAAGCCGAUCACUGAGUUCCCGCCACGUUGGCUCGAUCUGGCACAUGUAUGGCUCUGCCUCCAACCCUCUAACAUCACAUCAAAGGCGUGGGGUCUGGACGCCAGUGAAAGGAUCCUCUCUGUGCCGGUGCAUUGAUUUCAAGCUUCACGCUCACAGACAUGGGCUCAAACCUUUCAAAAAACCAUUAAAACAUCUGACAGCAGCGAGCUAAAACAACACACCCCUCGCAUGGCUGAGAUUCAAACCGCUCUGUAACCUAGCAACAGCAUGAAAUGUCUUUUUAUGUAACCCAGCUCUGCUCAAACCAUCUGUAUGCCCACAUGGGAACAUCUCAAACCACAAAGAGUAACACACUGGGGUAACUGCCUGGAGGGGGACAGGGACAAAUGUAAUAUAGUCACAUAGCCCUGACCCUCUGUAUAUCAUACAUACCCUGAUAUAUAACCAGAAACAGUGAUAUAGAAAGGGUAGUAGAUACCUGGAAUAGCCUUCCAGUGGAAGCAGUAACAGUGAUAUAGAAAGGGUAGUAGAUACCUGGAAUAGCCUUCCAGUGAGAGCAGUAACAGUGAUAUAGAAAGGGUAGUAGAUACCUGGAAUAGCCUUCCAGUGGGAGCAGUAACAGUGAUAUAGAAAGGGUAGUAGAUACCUGGAAUAGCCUUCCAGUGGGAGCAGUAACAGUGAUAUAGAAAGGGUAGUAGAUACCUGGAAUAGCCUUCCAGUGGGAGCAGUAACAGUGAUAUAGAAAGGGUAGUAGAUACCUGGAAUAGCCUUCCAGUGAGGAGCAGUAACAGUGAUAUAGAAAGGGUAGUAGAUACCUGGAAUAGCCUUCCAGUGGGAGCAGUAACAGUGAUAUAGAAAGGGCAGUAGAUACCUGGAAUAGCCUUCCAGUGGGAGCAGUAACAGUGAUAUAGAAAGGGUAGUAGAUACCUGGAAUAGCCUUCCAGUGGGAGCAGUAACAGUGAUAUAGAAAGGGUAGUAGAUACCUGGAAUAGCCUUCCAGUGGGAGCAGUAACAGUGAUAUAUAAAGGGUAGUAGAUACCUGGAAUAGCCUUCCAGUGAGAGCAGUAACAGUGAUAUAGAAAGGGUAGUAGAUACCUGGAAUAGCCUUCCAGUGGGAUCAGUAACAGUGAUAUAGAAAGGGUAGAAGAUACCUGGAAUAGCCUUCCAGUGAGAGCAGUAACAGUGAUAUAGAAACGGUAGUAGAUACCUGGAAUAGCCUUCCAGCGGAGGAGUAACAGUGAUAUAGAAAGGGUAGUAGAUACCUGCAAUAGCCUUCCAGUGGGAGCAGUAACAGCGAUAUAGAAAGGGUAGUAGAUACCUGCAAUAGCCUUCCAGUGGGAGCAGUAACAGUGAUAUAGAAAGUGUAGUAGAUACCUGGAAUAGCCUUCCAGUGGAAGCAGUAACAGUGAUAUAGAAAGAGUAGUAGAUACCUGGAAUAGCCUUCCAGUGGAAGCAGUAACAGUGAUAUAGAAAGGGUAGUAGAUACCUGGAAUAGCCUUCCAGUGGAAGCAGUAACAGUGAUAUAGAAAGGGUAGUAGAUACCUGGAAUAGCCUUCCAGUGGAAGCAGUAACAGUGAUAUAGAAAGGGUAGUAGAUACCUGGAAUAGCCUUCCAGUGGGAGCAGUAACAGUGAUAUAGAAAGGGUAGCAGAUACCCGGAAUAGCCUUCCAGUGGGAGCAGUAACAGUAAUAUAGAAAGGAUAGUAGAUACCUGGAAUAGCCUUCCAGUGGGAGCAGUAAAGACUAACAGUGAUAUAGAAAGGGUAGUAGAUACCUGGAAUAGCCUUCCAGUAGAAGCAGUAAAGACUAUUAGAAGCAAUAACAAUAAUAUAGAAAGGGUAGUAGAUACCUGGAAUACCCUUCCAGUUGAAGAAGUAAAGGCUACCAGGUAUACAGAAAGGGUAGUAGAUACUUGGAAUCAGUAAAGGAUAACAGUGAUAUACAAAGAGUAGUUGAUACAUGGAAUAGCCUUCCAGUGGGAGCAAUAACAGCGAUUUAGAAAGGGUAGUAGAUACCUGGAAUAGCCUUCCAGUGGAAGCAGUAAAGGUAAUUAACACAGUAAUGGAGUAGGGGAUUGUUUGAUAUGUGUACACAGUUUCCCAAAUAACAGAUCAGCUCAAUACAUGUCAUAUUGAGCAGAUUAACCCUUACCUGCCGACACAAUUAAUAUUUAGCUGCUAUUCUUCCCUCUUUUCAUAUAACUAUAACUUUCAGUCUCAGGAUCCCUCUAUCACUUUAAUCUCCCCCAAAAUUGCACCUACUCACCUUUCCCUUCCCAUUCUAAAUUUCCAUUUCCGACCCCGGCCUGUAUUAUUUCUUAACGUCUCUGGGUCCCAAAACACUUAACAGGACUCGUGAAACUGACCCCCCCCCCCCAUCUCUCCCAUGAACUGAACACCAAGUUCUGAAACAGGGACUCAGUCUAUGAUUUGUGCUGGAAACUAAAUCUAUGGCGUUUAUUCAGCAAACACAGUAUUGUAGUAAAUUGGAAACCGACUUCUAAUGUUAAAUUCCAUUAGCAGAUCUGAAACCAUGCUCACAACAUGCCGUGUGGUGUUCAGUUAUCUACAACCGAUUUGAGUCGAUAAACCCUGAUAUGUUGAUCCGUAUACUAUUUAUUAACACUUUGUUCAAUGUGAAUUCCUGAGAGCUGUUUGUGUGCCAUUAGUGGCAGUAAUAUAUUCGCCUCUUUACAACCUAGCUUUUGAUACAAAUUGUCUCUGCGUUUCCCCCAGGUUGGAUUUGGCGCAGUCGCUCGGUCUGACACAACUUCAGGUCAAGACGUGGUAUCAAAAUCGCAGAAUGAAAUGGAAAAAAAUCGUAAGUAGAUUUUCAUCUUAAAUGUGAUCACUUUCAGUCUUUUGAAAACAUUACAUCUUUUAUUGUUUAAUUUGCUUUGCAUUAUUGCCUCUAAAUAGACUCUUUCAGUCCGCACCUCACGCUGGCUUUUCAAAUAUCAAUUUAACGGAAUUUUAAUCCUGUUUGGUUUAGUCUUGAUUGUAUUGCUUUUCAAAGUAAUGGAGAUUAAAGAUCUGACGAGAAGGAGGGGGAGGGCAAAUUUUGCACCUAAAUAGGGUCAUAAACCAUUGCUAAAGACUUAGAGGACAUCUAAUAUAAUAUAUAACUAUUGUAGAUUGUAAUUUUAUUGAUAAUUAUUGUUUUGUUUGGGUUCUGACUGUGGUUGAUAAAUAUUGACCCCGAUUAGACAUUGGAAAUCAAAGUAUUAUUAUAAAAUGUUAACAAACAAAAUCUCCUUCCUUUGAAGGUGCUCAAAGGGGGACAAGAAGCGCCCACAAAGCCAAAAGGUCGCCCAAAGAAAAAUUCCAUCCCAUCCUCCGAAGAAAUCGAAGCUGAAGAGAAGAUGCACCAAUUGACCCAUGCGUCCGAGCUGGAUGAGGAAGAACAUAGUAAAGACACAGGACAAAAACAGAACGCUCAAACCUUGCCGGCGAGUGUGGAAGAAAAAUGUACAAAUUCAGAGUUACAGUCACCGCCGUUGCCAGCCACACCGCAACCAGAAAUGACAAUCAGUGAUCAGCACUCCUCGAGUUAAAACGGGCCAGGUCACACAGUUACAUAACCAAAGACUGAGGACAAUGCUGCAUAUAGAGGGGCCCCUGGGAGCUCCCAUUGCCUGUACUGGACAUGAUCAUUGCCAGAACCCUCCCACUACCUCCUUUCAUCUGGAAGGGAAAGGGUUAAACUGCCGUUUGGAAGAACAUAGAGUAAGAAAUCUCCAUCACUAAUGCCCAAGGAGUCUUACUGCGUUGAAGUGACUGGGAAUUUUUGCUGUGUCUGUAAGACAAUCGGACAGUGUAUAUAGUGUUCUUUAUUUUUGUGCCAGGAACUGCCGUUAAAAGAAAAAAAAAUAUAUGGGCAAAUGAAACUGUUUUUCCUUAGGAAUGCCUUGAUAUUAAGUGCCUUUAUUUUGCAUGAAACUAAAGGGAUAUAUUGAGUGUCUGUCCUCAUUUAACCCUCUCAGAUACUUUGCCACGGAGAGUGAGCAACCAAUUGUACUCAGCAAGGGCUAGACGGGUGAGUAAUAUAUUAUGCCCAUUAUGUGUCUAAAGGAUGAGCAACAAAUUGUAUCCCACGAGUGCCAAAGGGUUGAGAAAAACAUUGUAUUUUAUGUGUGCUAGAGGGGCAAUUCGUUUGAUGUUGUGUGUGCUAUAGGGUUGCGUUACAAUAAUAUAUCCUGAGUUCUAGAAGGGUUAUACAUUGUACCCUGUAAGUGCCUGAUGGGUGAGAAACAUAUUGUAAUAUGUGAGUGCCAAAGGGGGAUGUAACACAUUAUGAUCUAGUAAUAACAUAGGGGUAAGUUAUCCAUUGUACACCUACUGCCAGAGGGGGAAGUAAUGUAUUAUGCCUUGAGCGUGCCAAAGGGCUGAGUAAACCAUAAUUUCCUCUGAAUGCCAGAAGAAAGAGCAAUUCUUUCUACUCGUUUACAGUCCAAAGGGAAAAGUAACACAUUGUGAUUUAUCUCCCAACAUUUUCCGUAUAUUUGGCAAAUAAUAGAAUUUAACAAUUUUAUUCAUAAAGCAUGUCCUGGUUAACUAUUUAAUACCAGUAGGACUCCUACUGUCCAUCUGUCUGUCCAUGUUUGUAUCUUUUUCUAUAUGUCUAUCUUUGUCCAACCAUCCAUCCUUCCAUCUCAUUUUUUCUCGCUACCCGUUUAUAUAUCUGUACAUUUAUCUAUUUGCCUGUCUGUUUGUCUAUCUCUGUCUAUCUGUUUCUCUGUCUUUUUGUCUGUCUGUUUGUAUGGUUGUUGUCUUUCUUUGUUUGUCUGUCUGUCUGUCUGAAGGUACUGUUUUUCCCUUGUUUUCUCGCUCCAUGACUGCCAAUGCCAAGCAAUACACACUGAUUGAAGCACAUAAUGUGCCGUCUCCUGAAACCCAGAAUGGUAAUCACGUUUGUGUUGUGAGAGCAGGCAUCGUCUCUGUCUCAGGUAGAAAGUUAAGCUUUUUUUCCCUCUAUUGACUAAUCUUAAUUGCUGACUGUAACAAACCUCUUAUUGUUUUUACCUUAAAGGGAGACAUUUAUUUCUUUCGCUGACCUUACAGGCUCUUCAAAUAGAAGUUUGGAUGAAUAUUUAUAUUUUAUGUGUAGGAUAGGAGGUAAACAUAAUUAAAUAACUACAUAUAGCUGCCCUACAUUUAUUACAUACUGUAUAAGAAGUGUUGCUGAAAAAUCACUUAUUAGCCUUGUGUGAAAAAAAUUAAUGUUUGUAAGAUUAUUGAUUGCAAGGAAAGAAAAGUUCCCUUUUUAAUCAUUCUCAGUUAUUUUGCUGAUGUAUGUGCACUGUUCUCGUCAGUCAUACUGACGGUGAUCUGUACGUUUCUAAAAACACUUUAAUCCAUAAAACAAUAAAAUUAAAGCUCACCACGCCCCACGGGUGCCCUUUGCCCCAUGGAAGGUGCCACGGAAGCGGGUAUAGACCUACUAUUACCAAAUAGUGUGAGAUUUAUAGAAAUACUCGAUGUGUUUACAAACCACUCACUGUAAAAUGAUCAUAGUAUCAACUGUAAGAGAGAUAGCUGUGUACCCCACUGUUACAGGGUGUGAACCCCACUUGAUUCUCAUGUAAUAAUUCUGUUUGGGAAAAAGAUUUAUAAUAAAGUGUCUAUUUUUUAAUGAAAAAAA